AGUACUACACGCCCACACGCAUACCCAGAAGAGAACUCACUCAGCUCAGCUCAGCUCAGCCGGAGUCGUACCUCGCUCGCAUAAUCAUAGCCUCCUCCCCUCUCUCCUCUCUCCCUUUCCUCCCUCUCGAGGCGCCUCCCCUGCCCUCUCUUCUCACGCUCAGACACGCGAGCGCAGCCAAGAAACCGGCCGAUGCGAGGGCUAGCAGGAGGAGUUGGGCCCGCGGCGGCGGCGUUCGGGCCCGGCGAGCCGCCUCCGGCCGCGGAGGAGGUGGUUGAGGAGAACUCCGGCGGGGAGGAGGACGAGGAGCUCGAGCUGGGGCUCUGCCUCGGGUCCAGGAAGCAGCAGCUGCUGCAGCAGCCGGCGGCGCCGUCGCCGUGCCGUAUCCUGACGGCCAGGGACCUGCAGCCGGCCGCGGCGCUGUCGCCGGACUCCUCCGUGUCGUCCUCCUCCCCCGCCGCGGCCAAGGCGGAGGACGGCCCCGCGCCCGCCGCCUCGCCGGGGACUCUCGCCUCCGGCCACCCACAGAGCAGCUUUGGAGUGGUGGGAUGGCCACCAAUAAGAACAUUCAGGAUGAACAGCCUGUUCGGCCAGGCGAAAGACAAUGCCUCGGAUGCCGAAACCAAGAAGGCUGCCGCCGAUGAUUCCGGCUCGCAGAAAGACAAGGAUGAGACCGAGAAGAAGGUCCGGGUGCCCGGGUGGGUGAAGGUGAACAUGGAUGGGGAGGUCAUUGGAAGGAAGGUGGACCUCAACGCCCAUCGCUCGUACAAGACCCUUGCCUUGGCCCUUGAGAUCAUGUUCACCAAGCCGUCUGCCGGCCUUUGCGCUUCUAAUAGCACGAAGUCUCUGAAGCUGUUAGAAAACUCUUGUGAAUACCAGAUGACAUACGAAGACAGGGAUGGUGACUGGAUGCUUGUUGGAGAUGUCCCUUGGGAAAUGUUUGUUGGCUCCGUGAAGAGGCUGAGGAUCAUGAGGACAUCGGACGCCAGUGGUCUCGGACCACGGUUUCAAGCCAAUCACAGAACGAGGGCGGACAUGAGAUGAGAGCGCUGAAGACCCACCGACCAUGUCGGAGCGAGCAGCCGUUGUGAUUACCUGUGUGCCUAGUUGGGAUUGCAGGAGCAAAGAUGUGCUCCUGCUAUCUAGUGGUGACUCGUUUCGAUCUACGUAGUAUCUAUUCUUUUCCCGCUCCCUUCUUCUGUCUACACUUGGUGAAGUGCUGCUGAUCACUGCCAGCAUAUGUGCUCUUUUUUCGUCAUAUAUGUUUUUUUGUGUGUGA